ACAAAACCGUAACAGACUGGGAGCUGCUGUGAUGUGAGGAAAGUGAAACUUAAGGGAGGGAGGAGGUGCAGCAGCUCCUAUAAGAGCGGAGCCCCCCCACCGGCUCCUCCGUAACUCUCUGCCCAGGAUGGGAGUCCAAGGCCUGACCACUCUGCUGGAGAAACACCGGAGGAUCUACCGGGAUCGCCGCCUCUCUCACAGCUGGCUGCUGAUCGACGGCAGCAACCUCUGCCACUGGCUGUACGUCAAAUCAGGUCUGGACCAGAAUCACGGCGGGGAGUAUACUGCGUUCGCGGCCCUUAUUGAGAGGUUUUGGAACUGCGGCAUUAAAGCGCUCAGAGACUGUCAGAUCACGCCCUACAUAGUGCUGGACGGAGGAUCGGACAUCUUAGAAAAGAAGAAUGAAACCGUGAUGCAGAGAACAGUGGAUCGGAUCAAACAAGUGCAUCGAGCGGCGCAGGGCGGCCAGCGCGGCCAGCGCGAGAACAUCAUGCCGACGCUGGUGAAGCUGGUGUUCCGACAGACGCUGAGGCGGCUGGACGUCCAGGUGGCUCAGUGCUAUGGAGAGGCUGACCCGGAGAUCGCCACCCUGGCCCGGGAGUGGCAGUGCCCGGUGCUUUCCGGAGACAGCGACUUCUACAUCUGCGACCUUCCGGAGGGGCUGCUGCCCCUCUCACACUUCCAGUGGGAGAUGGUUGAGCGGAGGGGCUCCAACAGCUACAUCCCCUGCAAGAGCUACAACACCUCCAGCUUCUGCAUCUUCUAUCAAAUCCAGCGCCAGCUCCUGCCCGCCUUCGCCGCCCUGGCCGGGAACGACUACGUGAAGCUACACCGGCUGCAGGCGGGCGUCAGCUGGAAUCAGUUCGCCCCGGCAGGCGGCGGGAACACGGGCCACCUGGACGGGCUGCUGUGCUGGCUGCAGAACUUCCAGAAGCCUCAGGAGGCCUUCGAGGCGGCGCUGGGGCUGAUGGGAGAACUGAGCGGCAACAAAAAGGCGGAGGUGAUGAAGGGCUUGAAUCUGGGGAUGGAGGAGUACCAACUUCCUCCCAGCGCCCUCAAGAAGUUCUUCAUCCAUGGGAUAGCACCUCCAUUCUCCACAGAAGUGGCUGGUGUCCCGGACUGGUCCCGGCUGCCUCUGAUUCAGGCCUGGCUGCCGGCGGAAUUCCUGGACGUGCUGCUGCUGCAGAGGAUGAGAUUCAGCGUCUUCGUGGAUCUCGCCGCCGCACCAAGCGCUCACCUUACCGCCAGGCCGCUGCGGCAGGCGGAGGCCUCUCUAUGUCUGCAGGUUCUCCUUGAGGCCCUGGGGGUCCCUGAGGCCUCCUUGGCCCCUGUGCCUCCCGCCCUGCGCCUCCCUGUGUGUGUCACCUGCUUCUGGCUGCAGAGAGCCCAGCCUCCUGCAGACGAGGAGGUGCUGAAGGCUCUGCUGCUCGGGCUGAGCUCCGGAGACGCCUUCAGGGGAGCCCUGCCCCCCCCCAGACAGAAGCUGGACAUGCAGGUGUCUCACUCUCUGAACCAGUGGCAGUCCUGCCUGAAGUCCAGCCUGCAGCUCAACCAACUGCUGGGCCGACCGCUACUACUACCUGAGCCCCCCCUCUCCAGGUUGUUUGAGGGGACGUUGGUUCACCAGCUGGUGCACAGGAUGAGGUACGGGGGAAAGAAGAGGCCUUUCCUGAAGGAGGACCCCUGCAGUGUGAUGCUGUUCGAAGCCAUUCAGGCCGUGGUGCACCAGAUCCCCCCUCAAGAGAGCCACAGGACGGGGGAGGAUCGGCAGAGGCAGCCUCUGGACGACCUGACCUCCACCAACGAGGACGAGGAGGAGGACGACGACGACGAGGACGACGACGAGGACGAGGAGGACGACGACGACGACGACGACGACGACGACGACAGCUCGGGGUGGGUGCAGGAGGAUCUGCGCCUCAGCGAGCUGCUGUCAGUGAAAACUCGUUUCAGAGCGAAACACAGGAAGAACCGGAGCAAGAACCCGGAGCUGGCCCGCAAAGAGGAGCGCCGCGGCCGGGACCUGCUCUGAGCUCAAGGGAGGAAAACAAGCCGGGUUCAUCAGACUCUCGUUAACGUCCCUCACAUCAGUCUGAUACAUAAUAUUUACGUUACUCUGAAACAAGAAGCACUUCCUUUUUUAAAUCUGCACACAUUUUAAUGCCAACACCUUUUUGCACAUUUCUUUCUUCGUCUCUUUAUGCCCUCAAGAUUGUAUAUUUUUAAUUAAUGGUGAUCAGCACUUGUUUUUUCUUAUUUGCCCUUAUUAAAAUGUGAUGCACUGUUCGAUUGUUAUUGAAAACACAAAAGAGUUUUAAUAAGUGGAAUUCACUGUAAAAAUGUUAUUUAAAAAAACGUGAUAAUUGUGUUUCUUUAGUCUCAUGAAUGUUAACGCUUUGUUCCUCACGUACGUUCUUAGUGACUGUUUGUUGGAGACAUUUUUGUGCAUUCGUUUACUUUUAUUACAUUACAUGUUACUUGUUAGACGCCUGGAACCACACCCUUAAAACAACUGAAAGACCAAGGACAAACACUGAAGAUAAAAGCCAUGCAACACACUGCUGUUUUUAGUCAUGUGACUGAUCACCUGUUGGAGUUGUGUAAAGCUCAGCUGGAGUUUCCAUGAGGUCAGUGUUUACUUGUCAAACCUAAACUCCUGCUUUGCAUUGCUGUGUGCAGCGCCCCGCCAAGACAAUGGUAGGGGAAACACUGCAUACAUAACAUUCAUCUGUUUGCAACUCAUAUAUAAUAUAUAUCAAUAUUCAAAUGACUGUAUAUAGACUAUUCUGCACAGUUUCUAUCAUAUUCUGUUCUAUUUAAUUUACUUAAUGAUGUAAUAUUUUAUCUGUUUUAUUGUGUUGCACUGUUGGAGGAGCCUGUGACCUAAUAUUUGCAUUGUCAUAACUACACUUUAGCUAUGCACACAUGACAAUAAAAGCCUUGAAACUUGAAAAUGCAAAAAGAUAUUUAGUGAGCUGUUCAAGUUGGGUCUGUUGAUAAUGCUGUCUCACAUAUAAUUUAUUCAACUUUCACCUACAUUUAUUGAUAUGUCUAUUGUACUGGCUGGAGUACAAACAUGUCAUGUCUUGAUGUUUUCAAACAUUUGUAUUAAAUGAAGAUGUGGAGUGCAUAUUUUCAUAACUGGAUCUUUAAAGCAAUGCAUGUUUUCUGCAUUUAAUGACGUAGGAGUCCUGGAUAUGUGUAAGGAACUACACUUCAAACGUCUAGAUUCUGGUUUUAGGAGCACAAUUGUCCUCUAAUUCACAUUAAACAUCAUCUUACCUUGGUCCUCCUGAACGUAUCGGAUGAUGUUGCCGCAGACUCCGUACUCUGACACCGUGCAGGGGUCGCUCUCCCGAGCCUUCAUGUUCUCUGACCUCCGGAACAUCCUCCAGACCGCGGAGGAGACAUGGCGCCGGGAUUGGUGGCUCCCCGCCGGCUGAGGCAGCCCGGAGAGCCCCAGAGAGCUGAGGAAGAGCCGCUCCUGGGUCUUCAUCUCCUCCACAUGUGAGAGCGUACACACACAGAGGAAACACACCGCUAGCAGUAGCAGCACCACGAGAGUCAUGAUUGGCCUCAUGUUGGACUGCAUUCCAUUUGCUGCUUCCUCACCUGAAACGCUGCUCCCAGAGAGAGGGACGUUUGAUUUAACCUGUGAAACCUCCCGG